ACGAACGAUUGUCGCUGUCGCUGUCGCACGCGGCGAGAGGAGAGAACAAGAAGGCGCAGAGCACGGAACCGGCGUGACGGAGAGCGGGAGAGAACGGUGCGCUUAGCAAAGGUGCCGACAUAGACACGCGCGGACGGACGUGUGUGCGACGCUCCAACAAUCCGGUGGACGAUAGAGAGGGAUCGCCGGAGGAUUUUCGUUAUGUAUCGAUUUACUACGUAAAUACUCUCCAUCUCGCAGAGCGGCAAAUGGAGCACACGGAAUGAGAGUCUGCGACACCGGUUCCGAGGCAGUAGGAAGACAUGGAUGCCGCGGUGAUAGAGGUUCUGCGACAGGCAGUCAGCCAAGACCCGAUUGUGUUGAAAUCCGCAGAGCAAACUCUGAAGCAAUGGGAAACUCAGCAAGGAUUUUAUAUAGCAUUAUAUAAUGUUCUUUCAAAUCAUUCCUUGGCUGUUGAAGUUAGAUGGAUGGCUAUAGUGUAUCUAAAGAUUGGGGUCGAAAGAUAUUGGAGGAAAAAUGCACCAAACGCAAUUGAGGAUAAUGAGAAGGAAUUUUUACGGCAACAUCUGCUGAGAAAUUUCGAGGAGCCUGUAAAUCCAUUAGCUAUACAAUUAGCAGUUCUUAUUGCUAAAAUAGCGAGGUAUGAUUAUCCUAGAGAAUGGGAUAUGUUGGUACCGACAUUGUUGGAAGUUAUAAGGCGGGAAAACUCGUUGGCGCAGCGUCAGGCGCUGUUAACGCUGCACCAUGUUGUUAAGGCUUUGGCAUCCAAACGCUUGGCUGACAGUCAGAGACUUUUUCGAGAAUUGACUGCGACUAUGUUUAAUUUUAUUUUAAACCUAUGGAACACGUAUACCGAAUCCUUUCUGAUCAUGGCGUCGAACGGGGCGGACGCCAGUCAGAUACAAGAAGCCUUAGCGAAAGCUCUCCUACUGUUGAGAAUACUUAGGCAAUUGAUAGUAUACGGUUUCUCCAAACCAUCCGAAUCUCAAGAUGCCAUGUUAUUUCUGAAAGUUGUCUUUGAACGUGCAAGGACCUGUCUUGAGUGCCGAAAAACGUUAAUUUCUAGAGGCAUACAGAUGGAUAUGUGCGAUAAAUUUAUAAUACAUUUGACCAAAGUUUUAAUAGGAGUGUUAGAAAUGCAUCCAUUUUGCUACGUGGAACUCAUACCGACUUCGUUAGAGUUCUCUGUUUUUUACUGCUUUACGGAGGCCGGUCAGGCAUUAGCAUUUGAGAGAUUUAUUAUUCAUUGUCUAAAUUUAGUGAAAAGCAUUUUAUUAUCGACGAAUUAUAGAUCAGCUAAACUCGACGAAGAAGUGAAAGAUCCACUGGUAAUGAGGGCGUGCCAAUUGAGACGAGAAUUUUUCACCCCGGAAAUAUUAACGGAAAUUUGCUCCAGGCUUGUCACACAUUACUUCCUUUUAACACCUGCGGAUCUAGAAUUGUGGGAUACUCAUCCGGAAAAUUUCGGUAAACACUUAUAUAAUAAGUUAGCCGUCGAUGAUGGCGGGGAAUCAUGGAAAUAUAGUUUGAGGCCUUGCACGGAAUCCUUAUUUUUGGCAAUCUUACAUCACUUUCGAGGUGUUCUCGCUUCAAUCCUCGUGGAUUUAAUGCGAGAACAUCAUCAGCCUGUCGAUCCGAAUAAUCUGCAUGCGAUUCUAGUGAAAGAUGCGGUCUAUCGCGCGGUUGGUCUGGCCGCGUUUGAUUUAUAUGACGAGGUAAACUUUGAUCAGUGGUUUUCGACGACUCUAAAGGAGGAAUUAAAGGUUCGAAGUAAUAAUUAUAGGAUUAUCAGAAGACGCGUAUGUUGGCUUAUCGGACAAUGGUCGAACAUCAAAUUCAGCGUGGAAUUGAGACCGGAAUUGUAUAAACUUAUGAUAGAGGCGAUGAGUCCCGAAGAAGACUUGGGCGUGCGUUUAGCGGCGAGUAACGCCUUGAAGCAGGCGAUCGACGAUUUCCAAUUUAAUCCGGAGGAAUUCUCGCACUUCUUGGAGCCGGUGUUCACGUUGUUGUUCGUUCUUCUCAAGGAAGUGAAUGAGUGCGACACGAAAAUGCAAGUGUUGUACGUAUUGUCGUUCAUCAUCGAGCGUGUCGGCAGUGGAAUCAAACCGCAUGUCGGUGCACUGAGUUCGUACUUGCCUGAACUCUGGCAGCAAUCGGAAGUGUAUAACAUGCUGAGAUGUGCUAUACUGUCAACUCUGCGACAUUUGGAGAAGGCCCUCGGUUCUGAGAGCGUUGUCUUGGAGCCUCUGGUGGUCGGUGUCGUUGCACAGAGCUGCGAUGUUAAUCAAGAAGGACACGUUUAUUUGCUGGAGGACGGUUUGCAAUUGUGGCUGGCCUUGCUGGAGAACGCGCCCGCUCCGACAUCGGCUAUAAUGGCUCUCUUCAGGAACAUGCCAGCGUUAUUGGAUCAAUCUACCGAGAACUUGCGCUUAUGCCUGCACAUAAUUCAGGUGUACGUACUGUUGAAUCCGCAAGACUUCUUCGCUCUUCGAGGCCCGAUGAUCAUCGAGACGCUGAACGCGCUCUUCAGCGACUUACGGACGGAGGGCAGAGUGAUGACUCUGAAGUUAUUCGAAGUUUUCCUCAGCGCUUCUCCGCAGCAGGGCGCAGAACUGAUCAAACCGACCUUGCUAAAGAUAUUCGAGAGCGUUUACCACGGUGAGGGGUAUCCGAUGGUCAUGACCAUGAAUUUAUCUAUCGUCGCGAGAACUUUGUUAGGUUCUAGGGAUAUUUUUGUACAGGUAAUUGGCGAUCUAGCGCAGAGCAUAGGGACUGAAACGAGGGAAGCGGUCGUGCUCGGCAAGAUGAUACACAGCUGGGUUAACGGCAUGCCACAAGUGACGCAAACCGAGAGGCGCAAGUUACUAGCUCUCGCGCUAUGCUCCCUCCUCGGAGCGAACAGUCCACCCAUUGUUCUCGAGUACUUCCCGCAGAUAAUAUCGAACAUCGUCGAGACGCUUAACGACGUCACCAAACUCGACGAUAUGGGCUAUCCUGUCGAUUCUCUGAUGAUUACCGAUCAGCACAGUCCGUCUCAGUACGAUGACGUGGAUUACGAGACUGAGCAUGCUCAACGAGAGAAGAGGCUCGCCUUAAGCGAUCCCGUGCAUAAUAUAUCCUUGAAAGACACGCUCCAAAGUCAGUUGAUAACUCUGCGAAAUAUCGUCGGCGAUAAUCAAUCCGACCAACUAAUGUCGACCCUCAACCCCGAGAUCGAUGAACAGCUCAAGGACUACAUAUCGCUGUGAGGAGGGCGCAAGAUCAAAAUGCAGUACAGGACGGGGCUUCGACGAAUCCUACAUAAUGUAUGAGAAAAAGCUUUACAGCGUUCUAUUGUAAAACGGCACUAUUUUAUUGUAUAAUACUACCACCUGUUUCACUGUAUUAAUAAUGUUGAUAAUAAAAGAUCCUACUCUCUCUUUGUGCUAUUCGAAAA